AUGAGCAAGAAAUGCACCUUUUGGACAGGUCAAGAAUCGGCCCCUCUGAUCGACUCUUCACAACUUGUGGGCAUUUUAUGCAGUUCACCGUUUGGCAAUAGCUAUAUAAGCACUCUCCCCCACCUCGCUGUGGAAGUAGGCCAGACGGACAAGACAACCCUGGUCGCCAUGUCAGCAACGAUAGCAGACCCAACAGAGGAAUCUAUAUAUCAGAGGGCAAUAAUCAGAUGUUCGAGUCACGGUACCAUCCUUGACGCAAACGCCUGCAAGCGUCCCCUGGCAGUGCUUUUGGAUAAGAUUCGUGGGCGAGAAGCCACUCUGGAGUUGGAUGAGUACUACAGCCUGUUCUCCAUGACAUCGGACAAGCUUCCGGCUGUAGAUUACAGGAUCGACCCUAUGCAACUUGUGGAGAGGAUAGUGGGCACCGGCGCUCUCGGGGCAAAUAUCCUAUUGACCAGCACACGUCAAGACCCUGUCUCCAAUAGGAGUUGGUUACCUAGCAUCUGCGCACAGCGAGAAUAUUCGAUGAUGGGAGCAGGUAUAAACGCGGCGCAUCCGCAUAUCUCUAAUGGUGCAAUGGUCGUUUCUGCUUUUCCGGUCAGGAUGAAGGCUGUGGAUGAUGACAACAGUGACUACUUUGCUGCGGGCACGAAGCUCUACACGGUGUAUUCAUACCCAACAGAAAGUCCCUUUGAUGUUGACAUGGAAUUCACCAUACGGCGCAAGCUUAAGAAAGCGAGCCACUAUCUCUUCAUACAGCCGGUAAAGUGGGACCGCUCAGUGUUCACCAGUGGUUUGAUACUUCUGGCCACUGAAGAAAAGCAACCAGGAGAGCACCGAGUGAUAGAUGCCACCAUCAUGGAUAACAUGACACAGCAUACAUUUUUGCAAAACGACCAUUUCGGAGAUGGCCGAAAAGUUCGUCUUCUCUAG